AUGGCUCGUGGUAGUAAAAACCGGCAAGCCAAGGCGGCUGCCAAAUCUGCGGCGGCGGCAGUCUCUGCAUCUGACAAGGUAGAAGUCCCGCCUGCAGAGGAAGCACCACCUGCUCCCACGUCUACGGAGGUGCCAUCCACAGCCGCGUCCACAUCUGCCCAAGAUGCAGCGGGUUCCUCGCCAGAAACGAAGGAGAGCGAUGUCCCUGCCUCUGAUGAUAUGCCUACGUCCAAUCCUGUGGACGAAGAAGCAGAAAUAAGCGAGGCCAACGAGCCUGCGCCUACAGAGACAAGCACCUCAGAGCCCACUGUCGUUCCGGAGGCUCCGCCGGUGUCGGAAGAUCCGACAUUGCCGGCCGAGGACGCCGAGACCCCUCCUACGUCUAGCACAAAAGAAGAGGUGGCGCCUGCAGUCCCUGAGAAAGCGGAAACCAAGGUAGACAUUCUGGAUCGAAUGUCACCGGAGGAGCGUGAGAAGGAGCUGCGCGACCAAGUGACGCACUUGAAUGCCAAGCUCGUCGCUUCGUUCAACCGCAUGUCUGAUCUGGAAGACGAUCUAUCUGUGGCCCACAAUCGGAUCAUGGUCCAUACGACGCGUAUCGCUGAGCUGAGUAAGGAACGUGAUCAGUACAUUUCUGCUCUGAACACAGGUCUGUUGGUGGAAAAAGCACAUGUCACGGCGGAAAUGCAGCGCAUGAUGGAGCGUGUCGUCGACGAAGCGGCACAGCGUGGUAAGGCAGAGAGCGACAAGACGCGUAUUGAAGCUGAGCUGGAAGAACUGAGUGCAUCACUAUUCAAUGAGGCUAACAAAAUGGUGGCUGUUGAGCGUCUGGCGCGUGCUAAGGCGGAAGAGAAGAGUGAGAGUUUGGAGCGAAGUUUGCAUCACACUGAGCAGCUCAUGUCGGAACAGCAAGAUCUCAUCAAGUCUAUGCAAAGCGACUUGGAAUCGCUACGCCUUCAUCCCGAGGCGGAGUCUGCGGAAGCAUCGACUGUCAUGGAACCCUCUUCUAUGGCGGCGUCGGUGGUCGUCUCCCCGCCCACUGUCAAUGUGAACAUCCCUGCGUACCAAGAGUUUUUGAGCUUUUUGCAUCAUCUGCGUGGCCUGCAUCAGCAGCUAUCACCGUACUUUGAAAUGGUGGAGCGGGGCACCGACUGGACCAAGACGCCGCCUGCGCCUGGUGCCAUGUCGCUAGGCGGCGUCGUGUCACCUGCCAUCUCUGGGUCGCCGUCCGUCGUACGACACCGUGACUAUCCUCAUUUACCGAUCUCGGCAGAGCAGCUGGUCCAGCUCUCUGGCCAGACGACGCUACCGUUCAUCAAGCGUAUGCAAGAAGAAGAUUCCGACCCUUGUCUUCGUCUCAGUCAUGCGCCUGGUCUCAAUUGGCUAGCACGUCGGCAGGCUACUACGGCUUUGCUGGAUGGCAAUGUGGUGAUUGAGCCGCUGUUUGCAGGUGGCCGUAUUGAGAACGAGGAGGCGUUACGGGCAGAAUACGGCGUCCUAGCGCCUACGCCAUGUGCGCUCUGCGGCACACCGCUACUCAACGUGACGGCUUUGGUACCUGGUGCUCAGACCUCGUCUGCCGAUCUCGGUGGCUUGCGUGCUGCCGCCGGUGGACUGGCCUAUUCGCUGCGUGACUCCACCUCGUCGCGACGCAGUCUUCCGUCCUUGUUCCAUUCCCUACGACGCGGUAUCGAUCGCUCUCAAUCAUCGUCUCCUCAGCCGGAUGGCAGGGCAGAGACGAAGGAAUCUACCGAGAUCUUUUCUCAAGACAUGUCGUCGCCGCAGCUUACGGAUUCCCUGCCGAUCCCGACACACUACUUCCGGAUCUCUGAUCACGCGUCUGGCCGUCAUCUGAUCUGUACACAUCAUUGUCUGCAGCGGUUGCGCGUGGUAUGUGCAUUCUGGUCGUUCCUACGUACGCUGGAACGAGCGAUUGUGUUGGAAGGCAAAGUCGAGCCUGAGGUUGUUGGCCAGACGCGGAUCCUGCCAUCCAGCCAGGAGGCACCGAAAGCAUCCUCGGACGCUGCGCCGGUGCCUGACGUGAACGAGCAAGAAGGUCAGGUCGGCCCUACUGCGGAACCAGCGUCGCCGGAAAAGGCGUCCACAGACACGACUGAGGCCGCUGCCAUAUCCUCGAAGAAAGACUCGGACGAGUCGGAUGAUGAGGAGAUCGAUGUGUUUGACGAGGCGAUGGGCGACGCUGUGCAAGGAGAUACAAGUGCGUCCAAGGAUGAGACUGUGACAGCGGCCGCGCCCCCGCCUCCCUUGCCAGCUCGUCGUCCCUCUACACCCAACGUACAUGGACCCUUACGCACGUCGUUCCCAUGGCAGUCAGAUCGGACCCAUUUGGCUUGGGAAGAGAGUUUGUGGGCCGAAGUAUUGCGGUACAAGGAGCUCAUGUGGAAGGCGCGCGUGGGCAUCGAUUUGACUCAGCUAGACAUUGUAUAG